AGUCUAGUCUAUUCAGUCUGUGUUGCUGCUUAUUAGCACUUUGAAGCUCAGUUAUAUUACAGAGAAACAUUACUAGAGUAAGAAAGUAGUUGUCAUUUUCAAUUCAAAACUGGCCUUUUUUUAUCUUUGUAAUUUUUAAUUCAAUAUGAGCUGAUUGUAGAGAAUAACAAUUACUCCUUUGUUCUUCUUUUUCACAAUUUGUAACUUUUUUAAGCGGGCGUCCAGGAGUUCAGGGGAGCCCCGUCAUGCUCAACACACUGAGAAGACUUUACAGUGGUAAAUGCUUGGGGGAGGUUGCAGAAGUGCCUCAUGUGAUGCCUUCUAUUCUCAGCAUAGGUUAAAAUUAGAACUAGACUGACAUUGCAUUGGAGUCUGAGAGUUCUAAAUGGUUUUGGUAAUACAGACAAGAUUUGUAAUUUGUCUCUGCUCUUGUCCAGAAAGCAAUGAGUCACAGAAAAUCCUUGAAAACACCAAAUAAUUGAGGGUUUUAGCUCUCAUGUCACUGUCCCCAGCUGGUAACUGAUACAUGGGCUGAUGCGUUCCAUCAGAUUCCUGGGACUGCAUCUGAACAUGUAAAGGAUCAUGGCUGAAACUGCAGUUUGCCUUGGCACAUUCACUGCUGUGAAGACACUUUGGGAAGUGAGAAUACACAAGAUAAAUGAAGAAUUACAGAAAGAAAAGGAAUUCAGGCAGAGGUCUGCAGGAAGGCUAUUGCUUGUCUGGGAGGAAAGAGCAGCUUUGGCAAAGCUCAAAGAAAGAGUUAUUAAUGAAGGUGGAAGAGCAAUUUUAAGGAUAGAGGAAGAAGAAUGGAAGACACUACCUUCGUGCUUAUUGAAACUAGUCCAUCUCCAGGAAUGGCAGCUUCAUAGAACUAGUCUGCAGAAAAUUCCUCAAUUUAUUGGAAGAUUUCAGAGUCUUGUUGUUCUGGAUCUAUCCCGAAACUCAAUUGAAAGUGUACCUAAAGAAAUUGGCCAGCUGACCAGCCUCCAAGAGCUGCUUCUCAGUUACAAUAGAAUAAAGUCUGUUCCAAAGGAAAUAAGUAACUGCAUCAGUCUGGAAAGACUGGAACUGGCUGUCAACAGGAAUAUCUGUGAUCUUCCUCCUCAGCUCAGUGAUUUAAAGAAGCUUUCACACAUAGAUUUGUGCAUGAAUCAGUUUACUACCAUCCCUUCAGCUCUCCUCAACAUGCCACAUCUAGAAUGGUUAGAUAUGGGGGGAAAUAAACUCCAGGAGCUUCCUGAUGCAAUUGACAGAAUGGAAAAUCUCCACACUUUAUGGCUCCAAAGGAAUGAUAUAAACUCUUUGCCAGAAACCAUUUGUAAUAUGAAAAAUCUUAGUACUCUUGUUCUUAGCAACAACAAGCUUAAGGAUAUUCCAGCUUGUAUGAAAGACAUGACAAAUCUGAGAUUUGUCAACUUCAGAGACAACCCACUGGAGCUAGAGGUAACACUCCCUCCGUGUGAGGAUACAGAAGAGGAGGAGCAGCAGGAAAUGUUCGGCAUUGACUUCAUGCACAUGUAUAUCCAGGAGUCCCUCAAGAAAACAGGAAAUCUGGAAAGUGGUACUUCUGAUCCUCCUCCGAUCAUAAAUGCUAAUGAUAAAGAACGUAACUGAGAA